UCCAUUUUACCUUACCUCCGUACUCUGACGAUAACACGCUUAAUAACCAUAAAAUUUACCAAAAUGCCUAGAAUGUAAGUGAGUGCUCUGGGAAACUUUGGGUUCCUAAAAACUGGGCUAAAUUUAAGGCGAUAGCAGUAAUGCAGUGUGUUUUAAAGGUAAAAGAGAGUAUCCAUUACUCGAGCCGCAGCUACGCAGUCUGGUGCUCAAGUUAGUGUUUACAAACGGAGUCAACGGGCCAGUCUUCACACCUCUCCUCUGUGUACAAUGUCCGAGGAAACCAAGAAGGAGGAGAAACCAACAGAGCACAUCAAUCUUAAAGUAGUUGGUCAAGAUGGCCAAGUUGUGCACUUCAAGAUCAAGAAGCAUACAUCCCUCAAGAAACUCAUCAGUGCCUACUGUGAAAGAUCAAAACUUGUUCAGACUACAGUAAGAUUUAGAUUUGAUGGUCAGCCAAUAUCAGAGAAUGACACCCCACAAGGCUUGGAAAUGGAAGAUGGUGACACUAUAGAGGUGUUUCAGCAGCAAACUGGUGGUUGCUACCACCAUUAUCUUCUACACUUGUGACCCUCCUCUUCUGAAAUAUUUGCCCUUGAGCCUCGGCCGGUACUGUCCUAUGGGGAAAAGUAGCCAGUGGUAUUUUUGUCAUGAAUGAUAAAGCUCAAGUAAGAUAUUUUAUCGUCUGUUGUAUGUCUACCCUUUUUCGGAAACCUUUACUAAGUAAAAUGAGCUUAGUUUUCUCAGUCUUAUACUCAGAAAUGCCAACCUUCCUGUGGAAGCCACUUUGAGAUUUGUAGCGUCUGAUUUAUUUAGCGGCAAUAGAUUUGCCAUUGACUACUAUUCUCAGUGAUGGGUUCAGGUUGCUAGAGGGUUGUAUUUUAUGUAUUGGUAUUGAAGGUCAGUUGUGAAUAAUAUUCUUUGGUUUGAUAUACUCUUAACUGACAUAUUUACCUAAGGAGGUGGCAACAGACUAAUUUAUCAAGAUCUUUGAGAGCAUAUUACAGUAAUGUGACUCAUAGAUUGCUUUAUAUUAUUAUUCAGUUAAUUAGCCACAAACUGUGUUAACUGGUGAAUGGAAAGGCUUCCUUCAUAUACUGUUACUGACCCAGCAAAUAUGUUUGCCUCCACCUGACUCCCAGGCCAGAUGUUGGCCUGGAAAAUAUGUCAGAACAGAUAAAAAUAAAUUUGUGACAAAGUGUACUUCAUUUAUUUUCCAAAUGCAUUAUUUUCUUCAUUCGUUAUUUCUGUCAUGUGAGCUCAGUAUGCUUAACUGAAUGAACAUUUGUCUUCAUAAUCUUCAAAAAAACAGAUAAAGAAAACUUUAGAAUGAAAGGAUGUAUGCGACAGACCAGCUUGAAGACUCAAUUGGUUGUAUUUAUAUGAAUUUCAUAUAAAAGUGAGGUUAUGCACACUUUGGAUUUCUACAGCAUAUGUUCCCUAUUGUAUUGCACCAGUCCUGGCUUCACAGUCCAUACUAACAAUUUAAAAAUGUAUUUUGUAUGAUGUUUUGAUUUAAAACAUAUAAUCUACCAGUAGUGAGAAGAUUAUUUUCUUUUGUUUGGUAGCUUUUCAGUUUUUUAUUUUUCAAAGGUUAACUUUGUUAUUGAUUAGUAGUUCAUGCCCUUGCAUUAAUUAUUCAAGAACAUUAAAACUUUGAUUUCAUUGGGAUGAAGUAUGAACAUUUGUAUGGUAUAUUAAUGAAAUGCACCUUAAAAUAUCCCAAGCUUUAGCUAUCUUCUUAGAAAUGCAAUAUUGCGAUGCAUUAAAUACAUAAAAUUUAUAUAAAGAAUUACAUAACACUGUAUUGUGGAAUUUAUCACAAGUAUAAAAUUUUGAGUUACCAGCUUGUUCAGCUAAAUACAUUGAUUGGUUUCAUCUGGAUAUACUGCUUAUUUUAUAGUGCACUGAAAUAUUUAGUGCACUACAAUGAUGUUUGCAGCGACAAAUGAUGCCUGAUAAGAAUACUAUAUUUAAGAAGUUUUAAUGCAUCAAACUAAUGUUUUCAGUACUGUAUGUUCAAAAUAAUAAUUCUCAAAUUUGAAUUGUGUUUUCUAAAUAAAUAUAGAUUUUUGAUACCUAAUCUGUAACACCAAAUAGUAACUCUGGAGCAAGGGGUUAGUAACCCCUUUUCCUGUAUAAAUUGCUUAAUUUAAAAAGAAAAACUUUCGUUUUUCUUUUUAGGUCACCCUGCCUCGGUGGGAUGCAGCCGGUGUUAAAAAAAUAAUUCUGUAUCUGUCAUACAUACCUUGAAUAAUUAAGUUUUUAAUAUGGUAAUGGAAGUUCAAAUCAUACUUUAUUUCGUCAAGCCUUCAUGUCAUCCUUACAUUGUAAAUGUCAUAAAGUUCAUUUAAAAAAUUACUAGGAAAUAUUUCUAGAUAUGGAUACUCAUGUUUUGAUACAACAUUUUCAAGUAAACUUUUUUUUAAUGUAAGAAUUAAUAAAGCUAAUUCAUAUAUAUAUGAAAGUUAUCAUUUCCAUUUUAAAUGCAUCUUCACUGUUACUUAUGCUGUUGAUUUAGUAUCUCUAAGGGAUUCCUAAUUUUUAAUUUCUAAGACUCAAAAUUUCAAUGUGCUUAUCUUUAAUUGUAUCGUGUAGCAUCUAUACUGCUUUUCCCAUUAAAAGUACCUCUGAAUUACAAAAUUGUGAAUGAGGAUUUCCUUAAUUACAGGGAAAAGGUGGAUGAUCAAUUGAUGAAAGCUGUUAAGUCAGUGGACUGAAUUACUAAUGCUGAAGAAAAAGCCAUUAGAGCAUGCCAAAAGAAUGGAGAAUUGUAUGAAAGUGUAGAGAGAAUAAAGGCAAUUAUGUAUGUCUGUAUAAUUAAAUUUUAGUUAGGUGUACAGCACUCAUUCACAUUAGGAUUUUUAAUUGCCUCUAUUGGUUUACAUGGGCUGAAAAUAAAUGAACUACAGUAUAUACAUUUUAAUCACUGUAUAUUUAUAAUGAAUGGAUAUACUGAGAUUUUUCUAAUUUCCUUUUCUGUAUACAUUUCUCUUUGUGAGGUUUGAUAUACCUACCUUCACCCAUUUAUAUGAACAUUAAAUAUGGACGACAAAGCCGAGUGUCUGUUUAUUACAUUCGCUGAAAAUAAAGUUAAAUUUGUA